AUGAGAAACAAUGUGACUGAAUUCAUUCUGCUUGGACUGACUCAGGACCCAGAGAAGCAGAAAAUUUUAUUUGUCAUUUUCUUGGUGUUCUACACUGCCACUGUGUUGGGGAACCUAUUAAUCCUUGUGACAAUCAAGACCAGUCCCACACUUGCUUCCCCUAUGUACUUUUUCUUAACCUACUUAUCCAUUGCAGAUUCUUGUUUCUCUACCACUACGGCUCCCAAACUGAUUGUGGACAACCUCUCUCACAAGAAUACUAUUUCCUUUGAUGAGUGCAUGAUCCAACUAUUUGCCCUGCAUUUCUUUGGCUCCGUGGAGAUAAUGGUGCUUGUUGUAAUGGCCUAUGACCGCUUUGUGGCCAUUUGUAAACCUCUACACUACUCAGUCAUCAUGAACCAGAGGGUGUGUGGGAUCCUGAUUCUAUUGGCAUGGGUAGGGUCAUUUCUGCAUGCUAUUGCCCAGGUAAUCCCCAUCUUGACUGUGCCCUUCUGUGGUCCCAAUGUGAUUGACCACUAUUUCUGUGACUUACAACCUUUGUUGAGGCUGGGAUGCAUGGACACAUAUGUACUAAACCUCUUAGUAGUUUCCAAUAGCGGAGCCGUAUGCUCAGUAAGCUUUGUUUUGCUGAUGAUAUCCUACUCAACUAUACUGCACUCCCUGAGAAAUCAUAGUGCAGAGGGGAAGCGCAAAGCCCUCUCCACCUGCAGUUCCCACAUCAUUGUUGUCAUAAUAUUCUUUGGUCCCUGCAUAUUCAUAUACACUCGACCCCCAACCACAUUCCCUCUUGAUAAGUUGGUGUCUGUCUUCUAUACCAUUAUAACUCCCUUCCUCAAUCCUUUGAUCUAUACCCUAAGGAAUGCAGAAGUAAAAAAUGCCGUGAAGAAAAUCAUAAAGCGCUCCUGUUGUUCAUAUGAUCUGAAGAUAUAUUGA